GGUCGGGCCCUCAGGGAAAGAUGGCCGCAGUUCAGGAGCCUGAGAUAAAAGUGGACAGCGGCGAACCGAAACUGAGCAAGAAUGAACUAAAGAGACGCCUGAAAGCUGAGAAGAAAGUAGCUGAGAAGGAAGCCAAGCAGAAGGAGCUCAGUGAGAAACAGCUAAGCCAGGAUGCUGCUACCACCAGCCACACUACUGACAAUGAUGAGGGUGCCAAGGAGGAGAGUCUGGACCCAAAUCAAUACUACAAGAUUCGCAGUCAAGCCGUCCACCAACUGAAGGUCAGUGGGGAAGACCCAUACCCACACAAGUUCCAUGUGGACAUCUCGCUUACCCACUUCAUUGAGGAGUAUAGUCACCUGCAGCCUGGUGACCACCUGACUGAUAUCACCUUAACAGUGGCAGGUAGGAUCCAUGCCAAAAGAGCUUCUGGGGGAAAGCUCAUCUUCUAUGACCUUCGAGGAGAGGGUGUCAAGUUGCAAGUCAUGGCCAAUUGCAGGAAUUAUAAAUCAGAAGAAGAAUUUAUUAAAAUCAAUAAUAAGCUGCAUAGGGGAGACAUAAUUGGAGUUCGGGGGAAUCCUGGGAAAACCAAGAAGGGUGAGCUGAGCAUCAUUCCCUAUGAGAUCACGUUACUGUCUCCUUGCUUGCACAUGCUACCUCAUCUUCACUUUGGCCUCAAAGACAAGGAAACACGAUAUCGUCAGAGAUACCUGGACUUGAUCCUGAAUGACUUUGUGAGGCAGAAAUUUAUCAUCCGUUCUAAGAUUAUCACAUAUAUAAGAAGUUUCUUGGAUGAGUUGGGAUUCUUAGAGAUUGAAACUCCCAUGAUGAACAUUAUACCAGGGGGAGCUGUGGCCAAGCCUUUCAUCACCUACCACAAUGAGCUGGACAUGAACUUGUAUAUGAGAAUUGCUCCAGAACUCUACCAUAAGAUGCUGGUUGUUGGAGGCAUUGACCGGGUAUAUGAGAUUGGACGCCAGUUCCGGAAUGAAGGAAUUGAUUUAACUCACAAUCCUGAGUUCACUACCUGUGAGUUCUACAUGGCCUACGCAGACUAUCACGAUCUCAUGGAAAUCACAGAGAAGAUGAUUUCAGGAAUGGUAAAGCACAUUACAGGCAGUUACAAGGUCACCUACCAUCCAGAUGGCCCAGAGGGCCAAGCCUACGAGAUUGACUUCACCCCACCAUUCCGGAGAAUCAACAUGGUAGAAGAACUCGAGAAAGCUCUGGGGGUGAAACUGCCAGAAACUAAUCUCUUCGAAACUGAGGAAACUCGCAAAAUUCUUGAUGAUAUCUGUGUGGCAAAGGCUGUUGAAUGCACUCCACCUCGGACCACAGCCAGGCUUCUUGAUAAGCUUGUCGGAGAGUUCCUGGAAGUGACUUGCAUUGAUCCUACAUUCAUCUGUGAUCACCCGCAGAUAAUGAGCCCUUUGGCCAAGUGGCAUCGCUCCAAAGAGGGUCUAACGGAGCGCUUUGAGCUGUUUGUCAUGAAGAAGGAAAUCUGCAAUGCCUACACUGAGCUGAAUGACCCCAUGCGGCAGCGGCAACUUUUUGAAGAACAAGCCAAGAACAAGAGCUGUAUGUUUCUUAGAUGUUUUAUGUGGCUUGGGGAUGAGAGGCAGAUAAACAAAAAUGAAGAUAGAAGCCCCCAGAAGCUGCAGCUUGCACUCUUACUGCCACUGAUGGGUGCUAUCAAGAAAUUGGAGAAAGACUUCGAAAUUGUAGAAUCUCUGGAAAUGAGCUUCACUGGAGUUGCAGAGCCCCAGGCAAUGGAGGUGUUUUUAUCUCACAGAGAAACUUGGAUGUGUUCUGAGGCCAAGGCUGCUGGUGAUGAUGAGGCCAUGUACAUAGAUGAAAACUUCUGUACCGCUCUGGAAUACGGGCUGCCCCCAACAGCUGGCUGGGGCAUGGGCAUUGACCGUGUUACUAUGUUCCUCACAGACUCCAAUAACAUCAAGGAAGUACUUCUGUUUCCUGCCAUGAAACCUGAAGACAAGAAGGAGAAUGUAGCAACCACUGAUACAUUGGAAAGCACAACAGUUGGCACAUCAGUCUAGAAAAUAAUAAUUCCAAGUUAAGUAACUCUGGCAUCUUUGUAUCUCUGCAAAAGGUCAAGAUUUGCAAGGGAAUUCAUAUCUGCUGCAAUCCAUUUGAUAAUCACAGUUCAGUUCGGCCACCAGAAAAGAGAAGAAAAAUUGACAAUUUCUUUUUACUCAUUGUUGCCAAAUAAACCGUUUAUCUCUAAAAAAA